GGAGGACUCUAUCCUGAGGAUACCGCCGCGCUGUCUGUGGAUACUGAGUGCUCUAUACAUUGAGUGUGAGCCGAUGCGAGGCAGGCGGCCAUGUGGUUGCCGAUACUUCUGAUAGUAUCAUCAUGGCAGGUUUCCCAUGGAGUCGACAAGUUGGACUCCGGGUUGGAUCCGGCCGACGACUACUCUAUGGUGGAGAUGCACGAUGAGGCGCAGUCAGUGGUCGUAGCAACGCGGACGACUCGUCAGCUACUGAACAAUGAGAUAGCAGAGCAUGCGAGGCAUCACCACCUCGACCUGAAGCGACUGGACGUGCAAUGCACGGACCAAGGCAUGCAAGUGCAUCUAGAGUUCCUGGAGCCCUUCGACGGCGUGGUCUACAGCAAGGGACACUUCGAGGACCCCAAGUGUCGGUAUGUCCAGGCAGGCACUGGAUUGGCUGACUACAGCUUCGUGGUACCUCUGAAGGGUUGCGGCAGUCGCCCUUCACUAGGCAAAUGUUCCGGAGGCUCAUGUGGUCUCGGCCACGCAAUGGAUAACGUGCUAGUCAUACAGACAGACGAGUCUGUUCAGGAAGUAUGGGAUCUGGCUCGCCGUAUCUCAUGCCCCAGCUCCGACAAGCUGAACCAGAAGACAGUCUACUUCCAGCCAAUCACCGUCGACAUGCUAGAGGUGGUGUCAGUGUCAUCUGCCCUAGGAACCAUUGACUGUUGGAUGGAUAUUCAACGAGGAAUUUACCCAAGUAUAUCUCCAAUCAAUGGCAUAAUCAAGAUAGGAGAGACGCUGACAGUGUUGGUGUACAUCAAGGACCCUGACCGCAACCUGGACCUGUUAGUGAGAGACUGCUGGGCUUACGACGCUGAGGACUACGAGAGUCCAGAGACUACAAGACUACAACUCACCGACAAGCAAGGCUGCCCCAAAAAGAAGAAGUUGAUCCACUACUGGACCUCCACUACCAACACAGGUACCUCGGGAGCCACAGUCCUCGCCCACAACAACAUGACUGCAUUCAAGUUCCCAGACAAGCAGCAAGUCUUUCUCACAUGCAAUAUUGAGCUAUGCCCAGGAAAAUGUGAAGGAGGAUGUGGGCAGAGGACUGAAAUCGUUCCAGUAACAAUGAAGGUUCCACCACAAUGCUACCCUGGAUCACAGGAUCCUAGAUGUCCAAAACCACCGCCUACAAGACCACCAACUCAGCCACCACCACAAUGUUAUCCAGGAUCUCAGGAUCCUAGAUGUCCAAAACCACCACCUACAAGACCUCCAACUCAGCCACCACCACAAUGUUAUCCAGGAUCUCAGGAUCCUAGAUGUCCCAAACCACCACCUACAAGACCACCUACAAGACCACCAACUCAACCACCACCACAAUGUUAUCCAGGAUCUCAGGAUCCUAGAUGUCCAAAACCACCACCUACAAGACCUCCAACUCAGCCACCGCCACAAUGUUAUCCAGGAUCUCAGGAUCCAAGAUGUCCAAAACCACCACCUACACAACCGCCAACUCAGCCACCACCACAAUGCUACCCAGGAUCUCAGGAUCCUAGAUGUCCAAAACCACCACCUACAAGACCUCCAACUCAGCCACCACCUCAAUGUUAUCCAGGAUCUCAGGAUCCUAGAUGUCCAAAACCACCACCUACAAGGCCUCCAACUCAGCCACCACCACAAUGUUAUCCAGGAUCUCAGGAUCCAAGAUGUCCAAAGCCACCACCUACACAACCGCCAACUCAGCCACCACCACAAUGCUACCCAGGAUCUCAGGAUCCUAGAUGUCCAAAACCACCACCUACAAGGCCUCCAACUCAGCCACCACCACAAUGUUAUCCAGGAUCUCAGGAUCCAAGAUGUCCAAAGCCACCACCUACACAACCGCCAACUCAGCCACCACCUCAAUGUUAUCCAGGAUCUCAGGAUCCUAGAUGUCCAAAACCACCUCCUACAAGGCCUCCAACUCAGCCACCACCACAAUGUUAUCCAGGAUCUCAGGAUCCUAGAUGUCCAAAACCACCACCUACACAACCACCAACUCAACCGCCACCACAAUGUUACCCUGGAUCUCAGGACCCUAGAUGUCCAAAACCACCACCUACAAGACCUCCAACUCAGCCACCACCACAAUGUUACCCUGGAUCUCAGGAUCCUAGAUGUCCAAAACCACCACCUACACAACCACCAACUCAACCGCCACCACAAUGUUACCCUGGAUCUCAGGAUCCUAGGUGUCCAAAACCACCACCUACAAGACCUCCAACUCAGCCACCACCACAAUGUUACCCUGGAUCUCAGGAUCCUAGAUGCCCAAAACCUUCACUACCACCUACAACUCCAAAACCAAUCUCCCCAUUCCAAUGCUAUCCAGGGUCCUUAGACCCUCGUUGCCCAACUCCACCACCCACAUUUAGUACUCGACCACCAGCCACGUACCUACCACCUGCUCCGAAGCCAACAACUCCUCAACCACAACCCACACAACCACCUACUCAACCACCACCACAAUGUUAUCCAGGAUCUCAGGAUCCUAGAUGUCCAAAACCACCACCUACAAGACCACCAACUCAACCACCACCACAAUGUUAUCCAGGAUCUCAGGAUCCUAGAUGUCCAAAACCACCACCUACAAGACCUCCAACUCAACCACCACCACAAUGUUAUCCAGGAUCACAAGAUCCUAGAUGUCCAAAACCACCACCUACAAGACCUCCAACUCAACCACCACCACAAUGUUAUCCAGGAUCACAAGAUCCUAGAUGUCCAAGGCCAACUCCCAGUACAACACCUCGACCGCCAUCACCAUUUCAGUGCUAUCCAGGAUCAAACGAUCCGAGAUGUCCAAAACCACCAACUCAGCCACCACCACAAUGCUACCCCGGAUCUCAGGAUCCUAGAUGUCCAAAACCACCACCUACAAGACCUCCAACUCAACCACCACCACAAUGUUACCCAGGAUCACAAGAUCCUAGAUGUCCAAAACCACCACCUACAAGACCUCCAACUCAACCACCACCACAAUGUUACCCAGGAUCCCAAGAUCCUAGAUGUCCAAAACCACCACCUACAAGACCUCCAACUCAACCCCCACCACAAUGUUAUCCAGGAUCACAAGAUCCUAGAUGUCCAAGGCCAACUCCCACUACAACACCUCGACCGCCAUCACCAUUUCAGUGCUAUCCAGGAUCAAACGAUCCGAGAUGUCCAAAACCACCAACUCAGCCACCACCACAAUGCUACCCCGGAUCACAAGAUCCUAGAUGUCCAAAAACACCACCUACAAGACCACCAACUCAACCACCACCACAAUGCUACCCAGGAUCACAAGAUCCUAGAUGUCCAAAACCAACACUUCCUCCAACAACGCCGAGACCAACUACACCAUUUCAAUGCUAUCCUGGAUCGAGAGAUCCCAGAUGUCCUACACCUCCUCCCACAUUCAGCACUAGACCACCAGCCACCUACCUUCCACCAUCUACAACAGUGAUACCUAAACCAACAUCUCCUCCUCAGUGUUACACAGGGUCAAAUGAUCCUAGAUGUCCAAGGCCGACUCCCACUACAACACCUCGACCACCGCCACCAUUUCAGUGCUAUCCAGGAUCAAAUGAUCCAAGAUGUCCAAAACCACCUACUCAGCCACCGCCACAAUGCUACCCUGGAUCACAAGAUCCCAGAUGUCCAAAACCACCACCUACGAGACCACCAACUCAGCCACCACCACAAUGUUACCCAGGAUCACAAGAUCCCAGAUGUCCAAAACCACCACCUACACAACCACCAACUCAACCACCACCACAAUGCUACCCAGGAUCUCAGGAUCCAAGAUGUCCAAAACCACCACCUACAAGACCUCCAACUCAACCACCACCACAAUGUUACCCAGGAUCACAAGAUCCUAGAUGUCCAAAACCACCACCUACACAACCGCCAACUCAGCCACCACCGAAAUGCUACCCAGGAUCUCAGGAUCCAAGAUGUCCAAAACCACCACCUACAAGACCUCCAACUCAACCACCACCACAAUGUUAUCCAGGAUCACAAGAUCCUAGAUGUCCAAAACCACCACCUACAAGACCUCCAACUCAACCACCACCACAAUGUUAUCCAGGAUCACAAGAUCCUAGAUGUCCAAGGCCAACUCCCAGUACAACACCUCGACCGCCAUCACCAUUUCAGUGCUAUCCAGGAUCAAACGAUCCGAGAUGUCCAAAACCACCAACUCAGCCACCACCACAAUGCUACCCCGGAUCUCAGGAUCCUAGAUGUCCAAAACCACCACCUACAAGACCUCCAACUCAACCACCACCACAAUGUUACCCAGGAUCACAAGAUCCUAGAUGUCCAAAACCACCACCUACAAGACCUCCAACUCAACCACCACCACAAUGUUACCCAGGAUCCCAAGAUCCUAGAUGUCCAAAACCACCACCUACAAGACCUCCAACUCAACCCCCACCACAAUGUUAUCCAGGAUCACAAGAUCCUAGAUGUCCAAGGCCAACUCCCACUACAACACCUCGACCGCCAUCACCAUUUCAGUGCUAUCCAGGAUCAAACGAUCCGAGAUGUCCAAAACCACCAACUCAGCCACCACCACAAUGCUACCCCGGAUCACAAGAUCCUAGAUGUCCAAAAACACCACCUACAAGACCACCAACUCAACCACCACCACAAUGCUACCCAGGAUCACAAGAUCCUAGAUGUCCAAAACCAACACUUCCUCCAACAACGCCGAGACCAACUACACCAUUUCAAUGCUAUCCUGGAUCGAGAGAUCCCAGAUGUCCUACACCUCCUCCCACAUUCAGCACUAGACCACCAGCCACCUACCUUCCACCAUCUACAACAGUGAUACCUAAACCAACAUCUCCUCCUCAGUGUUACACAGGGUCAAAUGAUCCUAGAUGUCCAAGGCCGACUCCCACUACAACACCUCGACCACCGCCACCAUUUCAGUGCUAUCCAGGAUCAAAUGAUCCAAGAUGUCCAAAACCACCUACUCAGCCACCGCCACAAUGCUACCCUGGAUCACAAGAUCCCAGAUGUCCAAAACCACCACCUACGAGACCACCAACUCAGCCACCACCACAAUGUUACCCAGGAUCACAAGAUCCCAGAUGUCCAAAACCACCACCUACACAACCACCAACUCAACCACCACCACAAUGCUACCCAGGAUCUCAGGAUCCAAGAUGUCCAAAACCACCACCUACAAGACCUCCAACUCAACCACCACCACAAUGUUACCCAGGAUCACAAGAUCCUAGAUGUCCAAAACCACCACCUACACAACCGCCAACUCAGCCACCACCGAAAUGCUACCCAGGAUCUCAGGAUCCAAGAUGUCCAAAACCACCACCUACAAGACCUCCAACUCAACCACCACCACAAUGUUACCCAGGAUCACAAGAUCCUAGAUGUCCAAAACCACCACCCACAAGACCACCAACUCAACCACCACCACAAUGCUACCCAGGAUCACAAGAUCCUAGAUGUCCAAAACCACCACCUACAAGACCACCAACUCAACCACCACCACAAUGCUACCCAGGAUCACAAGAUCCUAGAUGUCCAAAACCACCACCUACAAGACCACCAACUCAACCACCACCACAAUGCUACCCAGGAUCACAAGAUCCUAGAUGUCCAAAACCAACACUUCCUCCAACAACGCCGAGACCAACUACACCAUUUCAAUGCUAUCCUGGAUCGAGAGAUCCCAGAUGUCCUUCACCUCCUCCCACAUUCAGCACUAGACCACCAGCCACCUACCUUCCACCGUCUACAACACUGAUACCUAAACCAACAUCUCCUCCUCAGUGUUACCCAGGGUCAAAUGAUCCUAGAUGUCCUAGGCCAACUCCCACUACAACACCUCGACCACCACCACCAUUUCAGUGCUAUCCAGGAUCGUAUGAUCCAAGAUGUCCAAAACCACCAACUCAGCCACCACCACAAUGCUACCCCGGAUCUCAGGAUCCUAGAUGUCCAAAACCACCACCUACAAGACCACCAACUCAGCCACCACCACAAUGUUAUCCUGGAUCUCAAGAUCCAAGGUGUCCAAAACCAACACUUCCUCCAACAACGCCGAGACCAACCAGCCCAUUUCAAUGCUAUCCCGGAUCAACAGACCCAAGAUGUCCUAGACCACCUACCACUCCUCGGCCACCCCCACCACCUUCAACACCCCAAUGCUAUCCCGGAUCAACAGACCCAAGAUGUCCUAAACCGCCUACCACUCCACGGCCACCCCCACCACCUCAAUGCUACCCUGGAUCAACUGAUCCAAGAUGUCCAAGACCGCCUUCCACUCCUCAGCCACCACCACCCCCUUCACCACCCCAAUGCUAUCCUGGAUCAACAGACCCAAGAUGUCCUAGACCACCUACAACUCCUCGGCCACCUCCACCACCUUCACCACCCCAAUGCUAUCCAGGAUCAACAGACCCAAGAUGUCCAAGACCACCUUCCACUCCUCGGCCACCCCCACCACCUUCACCACCCCAAUGCUAUCCUGGAUCAACAGACCCAAGAUGUCCAAGACCACCGUCCACUCCUCGGCCACCCCCACCACCUUCACCACCCCAAUGCUAUCCAGGAUCAACUGAUCCAAGAUGUCCUAGGCCACCUUCCACUCCUCGGCCACCCCCACCACCUCAAUGUUAUCCUGGAUCAGCUGAUCCAAGGUGCCCAAAACCAACAACACCACGACCGUUACCUCCUUUCCAAUGCUACUCUGGCUCCACUGAUCCGAGAUGUCCUCAAACCACAUCUCCUUCACCAUGUUUCCCCGGUUCCAAAGAUCCACGCUGUCCUACACCUCCGCCCUCAAGUACAAGGCCUCCAUCAACAUAUUUACCACCAGCACCAAAACCUUCAACCACCCCAACUCCAUUACCACCCCAAUGUUACCUAGGAUCACAAGAUCCGAGAUGCCCAAAACCAACACUUCCUCCAACAACACCGAGACCAACAACCCCAUUUCAAUGCUAUCCUGGAUCAACAGACCCAAGAUGUCCUAGACCGCCUACCACUCCUCGUCCAACCCCACCACCUUCACCACCUCAAUGCUAUCCUGGGUCAACUGAUCCACGAUGUCCAAGACCACCUUCCACUCCUCGGCCACCCCCACCACCUUCACCACCCCAAUGCUAUCCUGGGUCAACAGACCCAAGAUGUCCUAGACCACCUUCCACUCCUCGGCCUCCCCCACCACCUUCACCACCCCAAUGCUAUCCUGGAUCAACUGAUCCAAGAUGUCCAAGACCACCUUCCACUCCUCGGCCACCCCCACCACCUUCACCACCCCAAUGCUAUCCUGGAUCAACAGACCCAAGAUGUCCAAGACCACCUUCCACUCCUCGGCCACCCCCACCACCUUCACAACCCCAAUGCUAUCCUGGAUCAACUGAUCCAAGAUGUCCAAGACCACCUUCCACUCCUCGGCCACCCCCACCACCUUCACCACCCCAAUGCUAUCCUGGAUCAACAGACCCAAGAUGUCCAAGACCACCUUCCACGCCUCGGCCACCCCUACUACCUUCACCACCUCAAUGCUAUCCUGGAUCAACUGAUCCAAGAUGUCCAAGACCACCUUCCACUCCUCGGCCACCCCCACCACCUUCACCACCCCAAUGCUAUCCUGGAUCAACAGACCCAAGAUGUCCAAAACCACCUUCUACUCCUCGGCCACCCCCACCACCUUCACCACCCCAAUGCUAUCCUGGAUCGACAGACCCAAGAUGUCCAAGACCACCUUCCACUCCUCGGCCUCCCCCACCACCUUCACCACCCCAAUGCUAUCCUGGAUCGACAGACCCAAGAUGUCCAAGACCACCUUCCACUCCUCGGCCUCCCCCACCACCUUCACCACCCCAAUGCUAUCCUGGAUCAACAGACCCAAGAUGUCCAAGACCACCUUCCACUCCUCAACCACCCCCACCACCUCAAUGCUAUCCUGGAUCAACUGACCCAAGAUGUCCUAGACCACCUUCCACUGCUCGGCCACCCCCACCACCACCCCCGCCUCAAUGUUAUCCUGGAUCAACUGAUCCAAGAUGUCCAAGACCACCUUCCACUCCUCAACCACCUUCACCACCUCAAUGUUAUCCUGGAUCAACAGACCCAAGAUGUCCUAGACCACCUACAACUCCUCGGCCACCCCCACCACCUUCACCACCCCAAUGCUAUCCUGGAUCAACUGACCCUAGAUGUCCUAGACCACCUUCCACUCCUCAACCACCCCCACCACCCCAAUGUUAUCCUGGAUCUACUGAUGCAAGAUGUCCAAGACCACCUUCCACUCCUCGGCCACCCCCACCACCUUCACCACCCCAAUGCUAUCCUGGAUCAACUGACCCUAGAUGUCCAAGACCACCAUCCACUCCUCAACCACCCCCACCACCUCAAUGCUAUCCUGGAUCAACAGAUCCUAGGUGCCCUCCAAUUCAGCCAACAUACAUACCUCCAACUCAAACCCCAUUUGUAUGCACUUGUAAUGGUACAACCGCACGUCCAAUUGUACCUCCACUCUGUUAUCCUGGUUCAACUGACCCUCGCUGCUUUGACCAACCUCAGUGUUAUCCUGGAUCUCCAGACCCAAGAUGUCAACCUCCUAACUGUUUCCAUGGGUCAUCUGAUCCCAGAUGUCCGACAAGCCCAAUCGUAACAUAUCCACCACAAAUUUCUAAUCCUUCUGUUCAACCUCCUUCCUAUCCAACUCCCCAACCACCCUCCACAGUGUAUCCGAGUCCCUCUUCAUACCCAACUCCAUUACCACCCUCACCACAACCGCCGGUCAUUGGAUAUCCUAGACCUACAAUACCUAAUCCUACAUUUUUACCAUCAUCUACACCUUCAUCUUGUUAUCCAGGUUCUCCAGAUCCAAAUUGUGAGCAACCAUUCCGACCUUCAUCAACUAAAGUACCAUCAACUUACCUUCCUCCACCUGGGUGUAUCCCUGGAAGUAAUGAUCCCAAUUGCAAUGAAAUUCCACCAGACCAGUCACAGAGUGUUCUUACUGGAGUGAAACCUCCUUGCUUACCAGGAUCAAAGGACGUGAGAUGUCUCACUAAAACAACAACACAAGAAAUUGAUGGUUCAGACUUGUCACCAGAUUCAAUUAAUUCUGUAGCUGUUGGUUCUACUACAAUAUCCACACGAGAAGAUCAAGACUUCCAUAGCAAGGAUGCUGAUCCAAGAUAUCAUGCAUUUCAUAGAUUCUUGUAUGAACCGUUGAAGCCCCGAAGGAGGAACUACGGCAAGAGGGAUGUAUCUCAGAUGCUGCUAGAUACCCCGCUAGCCUCCAGUCACUCUAAUACUACUAUCGUCAUGAUGGGACUUGCAAUCACUCUCUCUGUCCUGUCCCUAGCGAUGGUCUCAUGGCAUCUGAUGAGAAGAAGAACAACAACAGAGAGAAUAGUGGAAACUUCUCCUCAGCCAUUAGUUUCAUGAAUAUUUUAUUUUGUUGGCUCAUUGUGAUUUUAAUUGAGACAUUUUAAGAUAUCAGAUAUAUUAUACAUACAGCACAUUUCUUUCUAUUCCAAAAUAAUAACACUUUUUUAAGGGCAUUGGAAUUUGUAUCAAAAAGCAUACUUUGUUGCAUGAGUUUUGAUGUUGUGAUUGCUCUUGACAGUAAACAAAUAUAAACUAUUUCAAUUGAAGGUACUCUUGAUUAAAUAUCUCAAUACAAUGUGAUUUAAUUUAUUUGAGUUCUUACUUUAUAAACUAACUUGACUUUGUAGUAAUGUCUGUAUAAUAGUUUUUUUCCUUGAAAAGAAUAUACUGUACAUUGAAUCUUAUUUAUAACAUUUAAGAGCCUGAAGAAUUAAAAUAAAUUUACCACAACUAAAAUUGUGUUAGUGCCAUAUGAAAAAGGGUUUUUAAACUAAGAAUUUGUGAAAAUGUCUUCUCAUUGAAAUUGUGAUGAUGCUGACGAGUAUUGUCACUUGCAGAUGUUUUGUCAAGUAAACUGACUGACACUCGCUACAGUGUGUCAAAACAUUUGCGAGUUAAACGACAUUUUUGUAUUGAUAUUAGACUAAGUUAUUUUGUACAUUGUGUGAUUUGUAAUUAAAGACAUAUAAAAGGCA